GCCAGAGUAGCAGAGGGCAGAAUAGAAACCCUCUCCAAUUCCACUUUUAUAUUUGUUUAAAUACUUAUACUUAGAGGGAAAACUGUCAACCAAUCCAAAGUAAAGGACCAAAGAAAAAUAAUGUAUGCUUUUGUGAGGUUCUUGGAAGACGAUAUGUGCUACGCUUUACCUGCUUCAAAUGUGAAAGAUUUUAGACCUCUGCACAAAACAGAUUUUGAUAAUCAGGUGUAUCUGGUUCUCAGAACAGAAGAGAAUGGUGCAGGCCAGCCGGGCAAAGCACAGAUUCUUGCCCUUGCAGAUAACAUUGAUGAGUUUGAACACAAUAUAAUGCAAAAGAAGAUGAAAAUUCCUAAGAUGUCGACAAGGAAUAUGGGAAUUUCAGUUGAGAACCACUUUGGGGAGGAACGACUGCCAUUGAGACAUAAAAAGGCCCAGACACAGGACCAUGGGCGUCCCACAGCCAACUCCUCGAAGAGCCUGGCAGCGGUGGUGGCCCGCCUGGAGAGGAACGCUGUGAGUUCCUGCAUAGAGGGAGAUGAUGACCUGGAGGAGGACAGGCUGGCUGAGUUGGAGGAGGAGGGGGACUCUGGACCUGAGAAGGCGGUGGUACCGCGGGUUCUGUAUGAGGAGCUGGUCCACAGCUACAGGCAGCAGGAGGAGGAGGUGAGGAGGCUACAGCAGGAGCUGGAGAGAACCCGCAGGCAGCUGGUCCAGCAGGCCAAGAAGCUGAAGGAGUAUGGCAGCCUGCUAACAGAGGUGAAGGAGCUGCGUGACUUCAACAGGAGGCUGCAGGACGUACUCCUCAUGAGGCUCGGCAGCGGUGAGAGUCACACACUCUCCAGUCACCUCUCACUGCAGCCUGCCUUGCACAUCUGUUCAGAGCCUAUGCAUGACAAUGGCACUCAGACAAUCAAAGCGGAGGUGGUGGAGCCCGUCGUUGAGCCACAGGAAGUGUGCAGAGAAGAGGCCAAUACCAGCUCCAGCCACUCACCCUCCCCUAGAACAGUCUACACUUGUAAUGAUGGCAAGGUGCACCUGGGCGGGGGCAUCUGGGUGCAGGAAGAGAAGUGGCACCAGCUACAGCGGACACAGGGAGACUCCAAGUUUACCAAGAACCUGGCCGUCAUGAUCUGGGGCACUGAGACCCUCAAGAACAGGAGUGUCACUGGCGUGGCCACCAAAAAGAAGAAAGAUGCCCUUCCCAAGCCCCCGCUCUCCCCAAGCAAGCUGAAAAUAGUCAGAGAGUGUCUGUAUGACAGAGUGUCUCAAGAAACAGCAGACAGCACAGAGAUCACACAAAGAUUGUCCAAAGUGAACAAAUACAUUUGUGAAAAAAUUAUGGAUAUCAACAAAUCCAUCAAGAACGAGGAGAGGCGGGAAUCGAAGCUGCUCAUUAGACAAACUGUCAAGAACGAGAAUUUUACCUAUGAUGGCAUGUAGUGUCAUAAAGUUGUCACCAUACUGUACCUCUCAUUUUCUGGUUGGUAGGAUCAUGUGGGCCAGCACUAGAGGUUUUCAGUAAGGGGCCCAAGGCCCUAAACAAUCCAUCAGCUGUAACAGCUUUACCUACCAGUCAAUGCCAUGAGUGGUUGAGUGCUUUGGUGUGAGUCAUAUGAACUGGUGUGAGUAUUUUUACAAGCUUUAAGUAGGACUUUCUUGAACUGCACUGUUGGUUAAGGGCUUGUAAGUAAGCAUUUCACGGUAAGGUCUACAUGUUGUAUUCGGCGCAUGUGACCAAGUUUGAUUUGGCUAGGUGGACCUGGGUUUUUAGAUGUUUUUGUGUGGAGAGAUUCUUAAAACAAUCUGGUUGUUAGAGAAUGCAGUCGCGCUCAAACCAAAUGUCAUGUUCUGACACAGAACAUUGAGUACUAAUAUUCUCAGUGAUUUCCCUUAAAAUAUGUAUUCUGGUUGUAAGAAGAUAUUUUGGAAUAAUCAUGUUCGUGUGUGUGGUGGAAAGGUUAGCCAUGACGAAGGCCUUAGUGUUGAGGUCUCCGUGUGUGCUAUUGUUACUUAAUGUGUUUUGGGGAGGAUGUAAAGAUGCACUUUUACAACAAGGUCUUAAUUGAUCGAGGCCACAUUGCACAGAUAUUCUGUUGCCCUAGAGAUUAUUGCUGUGUAUCUUCCAUGGAAAUAUGGAUUUCCAUAGUAUAGAGCACCAAUGAACAUUAAGAGUUUGGUUCAGAGGUUUAUCAUUGUUUCAGUGCGGUGCUUGUCCACGUCAGACUGGCAACGGUCUUGAGAAGAUACAAUAUGUUAUUUUCUGGAUACUUGGAUUACAGUAUUUAUCUAUCCUACUUGAGAGAUCCAAUUUAAGAAUGGGAAAUGUCAGAAUAAUAGUAGAGAUUUAUUUCAGCUUUUAGUUCUUUCAUCACAUUCCCAGUGGGUCAGAGGUUUACAUAAACUCAAUUAGUAUUUGGUAGCAUUGCCUUUAAAUUGUUUAACUUGGGUCAAACGUUUCGGGUAGCCUUCCACAAGCUUCCCACAAUAAAUUGGGUGAAUUUUGGCCCGUUCCUCCUGACAGAGCUGCUGUAACUGAGUCAGGUUUGUAGGCCUCCUUGCUUGCCCACACUUUUCAGUUCUGCCCACACAUUUUCCAUGGGCUUGAGGUCAGGGCUUUGUGAUGGCCACUCCAAUACCUUGACAUUGUUGUCCUUAAGCCAUUUUGCCACAUCUGGGGCGGCAGGUAGCCUAGUGGUUAAAGCGUUGGACUAGUAACCGAAAGGUUGCAAGAUCAAAUCCCCGAGCUGACAAGGUAAAAAUCUGUCCUUCUGCCCCUGAACAGGCAGUUAACCCACUGUUCCUAGGCUGUCAUUGAAAAUAAGAAUUUGUUCUUAACUGACUUGCCUAGUUAAAUAAAGGGAAAAUAAAAAAUUAAAUGUUGGAAGUAUGCUUGGGUUCAUUGUCCAUUUGGAAGACUCAUUUGCGACCAAGCUUUAACUCCCUGACAAAUGUUGCUCCAAUAUAUUCAAAUAAUUUCCCCCCUCAUGAAGCCAUCUAUUUUCUGAAGUUCACCAGUCCCCUCCUGCAGCAAAGCACCCCACAACACCCUCGUGCUUCAUGAUUGGGAUGGUGUUCUUCGGCUUGCAAGCCUUCCCCUUUUUCCUCCAAACAUAACAAUGGUCAUUAUGCCAAACAGUUCUAUUUUUGUUUCAUCAGACCAGAGGACAUUUAUCCAGAAAGUACCAUCUUUGUCCCCAUGUGCAGUUGCAAACCGUAGUCUGGCUUUUUUAUGGCGGUUUUGGAGCAGUGGCUUCUUCCUUGCUGAGCGGCCUUUCAGGUUAUGUCGAUAUAGUACUUGUUUGACUGUGGAUAUAGAUACUUUUGACCCUGUUUCCUCCAGCAUCUUCACAAGUUCCUUUGCUGUUGUUCUGGGAUUGAUUUGCACUUUUCACACCAAAGUACGUUCAUCUCUAGGAGACGGAACACUUCUCCUUCCUGAGUGGUAUUACGGCUGCGUGGUUCCAUGGUGUUUAUACUUUCGUACUAUUGUUUGUACAAAUGUACGUGGUACCUUCAGGCAUUUGGAAAUUGCUCCCAAGGAUGAACCAGACUUGUGGAGGUCUGCAAUUGUUUUUCUGAGGUCUUGGCUGAUUUUUCUUUUGAUUUUCCCAUGUCAAGCAAAAAGGCACUGAGUUUGAAGGUAGGCCUUGAAAUAAUUCCACAGGUACACCUCCAAUCAACUCAAAUUAUGUCAAUUAGCCUAUCAGAAGCUUCUAAAGCCAUAACAUCAUUUUCUGGAACUUUCUGAGCUGUUUAAAGGCGCAGUCACCAUACUGUUUGUAAACUUCUGACCCACUGGAAUUAUGAUACAAUGAAUUAUAAGUGAAAUUAUCUUGUCUGUAAACAAUUGUUGGAAAAAUCAUGCACAAAGUAGAUGUCCUAACCGACUUGCCAAAACUAUAGUUUGUUAACAAGAAAAUUGUGGAGUGGUUGAAAAAUUAGUUUUCAUGACUCCAACCUAAGUGUAUGUAAACUUCAGACUUCAACUGUAAAUGUCAUUGUUGUAGAAGUUAUCUUUAUUCAAACUGUCCUGCAGGUCAUUAAACUGUUUUGGAGAAAGGCCUUAGAAUAUGGCAAUUAUUGGGGACUGUGUCCUCAAGUUUUCUAGUAAGCUGUGAUUGUAAUGUAAAGCUGAUAUAGCUAUAAACUGCACUUUGGUGUCUGAAUGUGAAAAGUUGCCAGAUACUGUGUGUGGCUGUAGGUAAAGCUGUCUGCAGCGGCCAGUGUUAGUCUUGAUCCCUGUUGGCCUGGAUUAAGCCAACUUCCUGCUCUCUCACAGCCCUCUUUUUUUGAGGCACACCACUUGGAAUGAAAUAAGGUAUAGUGACAACUUCCAAUGACAUGCCAUCAGAACUUUUCAAAUGUCUUCUUUGUUUUUCCCCAAACGGCUUGUCUGGCUGUCUGCGAUCUGGAAUUAAAUGCUGCAGAUUGAAUUCUCAACUGUGACUAUGUGGCUAACUGUGAAUCACCUGCAGGUCUGCCUGUCAAGCCUUUUGUCUCAUCACUUUCUAUUUUUGUUUGUGUGUCUGUCUAUGGUUUUUCUUUAUAGUUCUUACCAUUCGGUCAACCUUUUGUUAAGCUACCAUAUGUGAGGAUAUUUUAGUGUGUAUAUAACUAGUAUUUUUUUUCUCACAAAUUGUGGAUUUUCAGUUUUUAGUCCGACUUACGUUACCAUGUGAAAUACUUUUUCGGUCUUUAUCUGGUUUGUUAAUUGACAUUGCAAUUCCUUUGUUACUUGGUGAUUUAUUUUUUAUGUUUGUUUAUUUUCAUAAUCAUUGUUGGCUUUAAGCUUGAUGUUGUAUCCAAAAUGUAUAUCAGGAGCAUCUAAAGUCAAAGAAAUGAAGUGUGUCUCGUGUGACCUCAAGACAAACCACAACACUCUGACAUAUCUUAUGUUUCCCCUGUUUUAAGGAUUGGUCAGGCUAGCAAAUCAAUCAUUGAAUGCACUUUAAAUCUCUUGUGACAGAUUGUCUAUUUCCAAAGAAAUGGAUUGUUUGCAAAAUGGAAAAAAGACAACGAACAAUCAAUGUAUUAUAUAUUUGAGUUCUGGUUUGCUAUUUGUAUGAACUGAAUAAGUGUGAAGAGUGGUCCUUAGUAAGCAAUGCCACUGGCACUUACUGCUUUAUAUUCCCCAGGUUUAGCCUAUUCCCUCCCACCUGCCACUCCACAGAUAUUGGAAUAAGCUUUAGACCUCAAACUAAUGUGUAAAACAAAGAUGUUUUGUUUUUUAAAGCAACUUCCUUUGAGCCAGACAAUAUAAUUCUACAGAGGAACUGCAUAAUAGUUGUUCAAAAUGUUAAGAAAAAUCUUGUCUGCGUGCUCUUGUCCUGUUGUUUCCAUGUUUGACAGUUAUUUUUAUGUGCUUUGAAUUGACCCUAUUAUUUAAAUGAUGUGAUUGUUUAAGACGUAGACUAGGGAGUGGGACGCUGGGAACACUGGAAGCUCUGCUGGAAUGAUAUCCUGGUUGAAUGAUUGCCAAAAAUAAUCUACAGCCCUUUUCAGUCCACUGUUAUUUUUGUCAAACAAAUGUUCAAAUCUGAGAAAUUGCGCAUUCCCUGUAUUUUGUGGUGCGGAGGAGUAGUUAAGAAAAAAGCCCAGUUUAUAACCGGCCUCUCCCUCUCUGUUUGGGCAGCUAAUGGUUAAGGGGGGCACGGCCAUUUACUAUACAAUACAUGGCUUGUCGUCACUCAGCCCUCUCAGCCAUUGGUCCCUUUAUGGCCCGCCAUGUCAUGUUGCAGCUUUGCUGUUAUUGAGAAUCACGCUGAACCCCAGGCUGCACUAGAUGCCAAGCUAUCGCUAGUGGUUAAACAUUGGAUCCAUCUGUGUUACCAGACAGGAUAAUGUGUUGGAAUGGCUAUAGAGCAGGGAAGGGCAGCUCUGAGCCACAGGGAUGGCAGACUCCAUCAGCUCAGUACAAACAGAUAGCAUGGGAACUGACUGGGGAUGGGGAAUUGGGUGGGUUGACAUAUCAAACAAACAAGGACUGUACUGUGCUAUUUCAUCUAAUGUGAUUCACAAAUUCAAGGACCUUGGCAAUGGAGAUGUGCAUUACGAAUGGAUUGUGUGCUCUUAACUGAAUGUGUAGCGGUGCUGGAUAUAUUGAGUGUUGUUGUGGAUGAGUGGUAAUAAUAAGACAAAGUAUUGAAUGCUGACGAUGUAGCAGGGAAAGCUGGUGAGGAAAUAGGCUGGGUUUGAACUUGCACAACAAUGACCCUUGCCAAGUUUAGUCCAGAUUUAUUUAUAUAUAUAUAUAAUUUUUAAUUCUCCCUAAUGUAGAUGUCCUGCUAUCAUUUCUGUAGUAAACAACAUAGUCCUGUCGGGUCCUUAUGCACACUAUGUAUUACAAUGCAUACGUUUAAAGCUUUUAGGUUGUGUGUGAAACUGUUCUGCUGUGUGGACUGCGAUGAAUUCCUGUGACAUGUUAUUGUUGUUUACUCAUUUGUUUUCUGAUGCCAAAACAGGGUGUGUGGUUAAACAGUGAUGAAUAUUGGACUAUAUUGUCACCUGACCAGUUCAUGAAAAGAUGUUGUUUCUGAUGCUGAGGACCAGUCCAGGUUUAACCCUCCAAACUGCCCAGUGUUCCUACUACAGUACUAUCACUGCCACUAGACGUAGUAACAACACUUCCUUAGGUUUGAAGUGGAUAUGAGGUUUUACAAAUGAAGAUUCAUUUGUCAUAUCCUCACUAUGGCAGUGAGUCAUGGACUGUCAGCAUGUCUUACUGCACUCUCGGUCUGGCUGUCUGUCUGAUUCAUGAGGCCCAAUGUAGUCACCUCAGAUAAAAUGUCAAGCUUACACUAAAUUAGAUGUUUUUGUUCUGUAAUUUAAAAAAAAAUGUAUUCUUGCUCAUCUUUACAUGUAGCUUUAUUCUACAAUCCAUUAGCCAGGUAUAUUUCAUCUAGCAUCACCGCCCUACCUCAUUGCUACUCUUGUGUCUGUGUGUGAUGUAUAUAUUUAAAAUACUAUAGGAAAAUACCUUACUGGUAACUCCUUUCCACAUGUAUAUGUAAACUCGUAACCUCAAUACUACACAGUUGAUAUCAUUAUUGGGAAAUCUGUUUUCUAACCUGCUUACUAAAGAUGCGACUGUCAAGGGAUGCCCAGUUGUCUCCAAAUAUAUAUUUCAAAUCAUUGCUAUGCUGUAACUUUGAUGGGUGUUUUACGUCACUUUCUGAGAUUUUCAUGGUUGAUGGUGCUACCAGCAAACAGAUUAACUGAUCUGUGUCUCUUACCUCAAAUGGUGCUAAGUUUUUCUAUGUAUGUUUUUAUUCUCAUUAAGCUGUUUAUUCAGGUUGGUGAUCCCAAAAUCAACGACAAGUCAAAUUUCUUAUUGUUUAAAUCAUACAUUCUGGUUGUAGCAAAAUCAACUCUGGUGUUGUUUUUAAGUCAAGUACUUCAUAAUUCCUAGUUCAUCUUAAAAUAUAUUUUUAGCAGUUAUCUGCAUACUUAGGAAUUGGACAAUUUGAGCUUGCUUCAGAUUUUGACUUGAUCUCAGAUCAACAUUUAACCAAAUACUGCUAUUAGCUUGUUGCAUAUUGGCUUCAUGGGCAGUUGUGCUAAAACCAUUUUCUAACUGGACUGGGCAGGUCAAUAAGAGAGAUUUGGUCCUCAGUAAAUGUUUGGUUAUCCACAGGUCAAUGCUGUGACAACACUUCUACAGACAGAUUGCAGUUACAGUACAAGGUUAUUUCUAAGCAGUGUCUAGUAUUUAGCUGAACAUUCAAUAUUGGGUUGGAUGGGAUUGUGAAUUUAUCUCAGAGAAUAUUAAAUGUACUCCUAAUUUUUUUAAAUAUUGUAAAAAUAUUUUAUAGAUGGGUGUGAACUGUCCUGACAACCUCUUGUUGAUAUGUGACAUAAUUUGAAAAAUGUCGAAAAUGCAUCAAUUUCACCUCUGAAAAUUGGAAUCGCAAUCAAUCACAAGUUGUUUUUUUUUUCACUUCUUGUUGAUCUUCUUCAUUCUUGCUUCUCUUCCUGACCCUAGGAAGAGUAGCUUCUGCAAAAGCUAAUGGGGAGCCAAAUAAACAAAUUCAUAAAAGAUAUAUAUAAAUAAUUGCAAAUAUGCUCAAUUGCUGUGAACCAGAACCAUAGAUCUAUGAACAGUAUAUGGACUCUGUGUAUAUGUACUCCAUCUGUGGCUCUGCUGUCGUCAUGUGGUCUUUUUACAUCCCUCUUUUCUUGGAUUCAGAGAUACAGGUUUCAGGAACAGUCUAGUUUUUGAGAUCAUACAUAUUCUUGUGUAAGGUGGUGUGCGGAGCCAAGAUCUGUGAAUUUUGUCCUUGGGAAGGGGGUGUGGCCUCAUCAGUGUGUCCUAGGGAGGGACUGAGACCCUCAGUCACCAUCCCCAAAAGGUGUCAUACAGAAAGAAAAGGUUAUAAAUAUACAUGUCCUUGCAAAUUGGUCACACUUCUGCCAUGCAAUCGAUUUUGGCGCUUAGCAUAAUUUUGUGUUUGAUGCGGUCCAGGUACACCUGUUCAAUGUACAGAUCAAAAUAAAUCCAGACUUUUAUUCUACCAGAA